AUGUUCGACUCGACAGUCCUUCCGGCGCUCUGUUACGCAGCGGAGACGUGGGCAGACACCGCUGCCACGUCUAGGAAGCUACUUACUACCCACAUAGCUCUUGAGAGAUGCCUUCUGAAGUUUAACCGGUGCACACAUCUAGCCGGUCUUCGCAGCUCCGACUUAAGAGAAAUGUCCCGUCCUCGCGGCCCAGCGGAAUAUGUAUCGAAAGCAAAACAUAGAUGGGUCGGUCACAUCAUGAGAAGAAUCGACGACAGAUGGACUAAAAGAACGCUAGAGUGGAUCCCAAGAGAUGCUAAACGCCCUCGAGGGAGACCGCCAACGAGAUGGGGUGACGUGUUCGCUACACGGAUGGACCAGCUGAGAGCUGGAUACGGCUCAAGGACCUCGUCAACGUCAUUCACGAAACCUGAGGACAUCUUGGAUGACAAUGGCGAGUGA